CGACCCACGUUCAUGAAGUAUCCAUUCGUGGAAGCCGGUAGGUUAAAACUGAAAGCGUAUUGUCUAUAGUUCUGUACUCUGUCAUGUUUUCAACAUGGUUGUAGGGGAAUAUUGAAUUUUCAAAGCUAAGAUGUCGUCGGGUAAGCAAUACGGUUUGCAAAUUCCGAAGAAAAACGUGCAGAAUCUUGUUCAAAAGCAUUCGGCGUUCGGGGACGAUAGCAGUUCCGACCAAUCGGACGGCGGCGGAAACGACUGGCAGAAGAAGUCGAAGCGCGAUCCGACCCAAGCGGUGGCGAAGAGACAGACGAAACUGGAUAUGCAGAGGGCACUCGAACAGGACGCGACCGUUUACCAGUACGAUGAAGUGUACGAACAACUCGAACAGCAGAAACAGUCCAAGGUAGUCAAGGAGAAGGAACGCAAACCCAGGUACAUCCAGAAGUUGCUCGCGACUGCCGAGAAGAGGAAAAUAGAAAACGAACGCCGAAUAGAACGGCAAGUGCAGAAAGAACGGGACGCAGAAGGCGAGGAGUUCAAAGACAAGGAGACCUUCGUCACUACAGCUUACAAAAAGAAACUGGAAGAAUUCGCCAAAUUAGACGCCGAACAGCAAAGGCAGGACAUGCUCGAGGAGAUAGGUGAUGUGACCAAGCAGCAGGAUAUCAGCGGCUUCUACAGGCAUUUGUACCAAACGACAGUUAGCCCGAAAGAGGAAGGACACUCUUUCACAGAAAAGGCACACAGCCACGAUUCAAAAAAUGAAAAGGAUCACGCGAAAGACAAAAGGCAAUACCGAAAGAGAAAAGAUUCAGGAAGUUCACCCGAUAGGGACAAAGAUGCAGAUACAGAUGAUGCGACAUCUUCAUCUUCGAGUAGCAGUGAAUCCGUAAGUGAUUACGAUAAAAAUAGUGAACCUGAAUGUGAAGAGCCAAAGAGGAUAAAAUUAAAUGAACAUGAGAAAGUUGAUCUCGUCCAACACGAAAAGCAACCACCAGUAGAAGUGGACCAACCUACAACGAUCCGAAUUGAAAAACCACAUGUAAAUAUUUGGGAAAAAAGGACUGUAGGCCCGGUUUUUGAAGCUGCUCUCAAGAGGUAUCUUGAAAGGAAAGUAGCUCGUGUUGCAGCUGUUCAUUAAGAAUUUUGCCUUUCUUGGGAAAAUUAUUCGUAAAUCCAAUUUUAAUUGUAUAUGCAAUAAAUUAUUUGUUUAAUUAA